AUUGACGCGAAUGUGAUAAGAGUAAACUUUAAGACCCUUGCGGCCGCUCCGAGGUACGACCUGGCCGCCGCCGACACGUCCUUCAUCGGGAAGGAACUGGCGAGUCUCCUGAACGACUUGAAGCGUCGAGGUCAUGGCGUCGCCGGCCACAACUUCAAGACGGUUGACAGGAUUACAGGUCUGGACCCCGCCUACCCCCUCUUCGGCGAGGCUCCCCUGCAAGACCGCCUGGACCCCAGCGACGCCUCCUUCGUGGACGUGAUCCAUACGAACAGCGGCCCCCUCCUGACGGGCCACCUGUCCUUCCUGGACCCCGUGGGCCACGUGGACUUCUAUCCCUGCGGCGGACACGAUCAGCGCGGUUGUCCCAAACUGAUCGACGAAGUGCUGGAGAAUCUGGCCGAUCUCACCUUGGAUGACAUUGACGCCUGCAGCCACAGUCGAGCUCCAGAGUAUUUCAUUCAGUCUCUAUCAGCCAAUGACUUCUUAGGAUUCAAGUGCGCCAGUUACGAAGAUUUCGAGAGGGGUGACUGCCUCAGUGUCACA